GAGAGAGAGAGAGAGAGAGAGAGAAGAGGGGAAAUGAAUCACAGCCAAUGCACAAGCACUGGGCAUGGCCAAUACAACAACCUGGAAUGUCCUGAAAAAAAGAAAGAAAGAAACUGAUGUACUGAGCAACAGACACUGAAUGGGUUAGCGAAGGAAAACAACAGCAGCUGAUGACAGAAACACUGUGAGAGCCAUGAGGAUAAACCCAAAAACAACAGUUAGUGACAUCACCAACAACUUCCACAGGGCAGGGGUGAAGGUAUCACAAUUUGAAGAAGACGUCAAGUGCAGAAAUAUUGAGGCCAUACGACAAGAUAUAAACCUCUCAUCAGCAGUAAGAUUCAGAAAGCCAGACUGAAAUUCACAAAGAAAUACAGAGAUGAGCCACAGAAGUUCUGUAACCAAGAUUAAUGUCUAGUGAUGGAAAGGCCAAAGUGUGGAGAAAGAAAGGAUCUGCUCAUGCAUGGCUGCUUCUGGAACAUUCUCACUAAUCUUUAUUGACGAUGGAACUCAUGAUGAGCGGCAGAACGAAUUCAGAAGACAUUAAGAAUGUAUUCAUUGUGAACUUCUGUACUGUUUGACUCAAGAACCAUGAGCACUGUUCUGUUCCUGUUUUCUACUCAUAACGCUUUGAAGACAGACUCGCCCAGUUUUAUAGCUGAUUAAACUUAUGUAGUCUCUGUUCAGUCAUAUAAGCACUUUUUAGAUCCCGUUUUUCCAUACAAGUUCCUGUUUUUGUAAAAAUGCACCAGAGGCACUUGAUUACUGAUUCAUUUCUAAUAAACCCUAUAAAUAUCCACUGUAACGAAGACUCAACAGAAGUGCUCUCGAUUUGUGCUUCUCGGUUCUUGAGAAUUUUACUAAUAAAGGAAUACAUGUUUUGCUUGAGUUCUGUCUCGGGAUCAUACAGGUGGAUUUUCACGACAUUUCUGUAUAUAAACGGGGGGCUGGGGGUGGAUAUUUUUUUAAUUAGACACUCUAGACACUCAAAACGCUUUACAUAGUGGGGGGGGGGGUCCCUCAACCACCACUAGUGUGCAGCAUCUACCUGGAUGAUGCAACGGCAGCCACAAUGCACCAGAACACCCACCACACACCAGCUUUUUUUUUUUUUUUUUUGCAUGAGGUCUCUUAUCAUCUUCCUGUUGUACUUCUUGGUUCUGUUUAUAGCCAUGUUGGGUGCAUUCUCUUUUUUUUUUUCCAGGAACAGCUUUUAAUUGUCACAUGUCAUGACCAAGUCAGUGAGCUCAUUAUACAUACACACACCCAACACUGAGAGUGAGGUUCUUUCUGAAGAAGAGAUGAAGAUGCUGCACUUGGCUACGAUUCUGCUCACGCUGUCCGGUGUUCUCACUCAGGUCAGUGAUUUGGGUGUGAACUAUCCGGAUAAUCCGAUCUGUGCUGUGAGAGGAUUCAGUGUCUCCAUUCCCUGUAGUUAUUAUUAUCCAGCAUCAAAUCCCAAUAUUCAGGUGAUUUGGUGCUCAAUGAACUCCAAUGUAGGAGUCUGUAAAAUACCUCCGUAUGUUUAUGACAGCGCAUCAAUCACCACAUCAGACUUUGAGUACGCUGGAGACGACAAAUCAGACUGCACUUUGUUAAUCCACAAUGUACAGUUCAGUUAUUCUGGAGAGUACAAGUUCAGAUUUAUAACUAAUAUGCACAAAUACACAGGUCAUCCUGGAGUGAUUCUACAAGUUGCAGGUAAAUGGUGUCUGAAAUAAAGAUCCAAAUUAUUCACUGUUUGUAUAAUUUACUUCCCUCACCUAUAGAAAUACAUUUUUUUUAAAUUGCGGCCAUCUUUCUCUUUGUAAACCGUGAACUCACAGUUGAGUCCAGCUUUAAUUUUUUAUCAAGAAUUCUCUUUCAGUUGAUGUUUAUUAUUCAAUGAUUAGAUUUUUAUCUGUGUGAGAAAUCCUGAUUGACUGACGUGGAGUCUUUCCUGCUCUCUGAAAAAGAUUUAAAGGUGUCACUAAUCAGGCUCAGUGGAAACGGAACCCUUAAACAAGGAGACUCGUUAAAUCUGACGUGUGAUGUGAACUGCACACAAAGUUCCUCACAGUUUGUGUGGUCUAAGAAUAACGAGCGCUUAAAUACAUCAGGACCCGUUCUUCACUUUCCUGCUGUAACCGUGAGGGAUUCUGGGAAUUACACCUGCACUUGGAAAACCAACAUGACGUCAGGAUCUGAAACGAUCAGCCUUCUCGUCGAGGGUGAAAAUCCUAAUCAUUGGCCAUUGUGGGUCAUUAUUUUAAUAACUGCUGGAGUGAGUUUCAUCGUCUUAGUCAUAUUAGGAGCUGUAAUUUACAACAAGAGGAGUGUCCAUACUGAGCAGAAGAGGAACGAUGAGUCUAAUAUCUACGCUAAUGUCCAGCAGAAGAGGCACGAUUCUGAUAUAUAUGCGAAAGUAUAAGAGCAACGAGCUGAUCACAAUUUCACACCUCAUGCUCAACUUAAAGGGGUCAUAUGAUGUUUUUUAAUGGGUUCCUUUUCCUUUAGUGUGUAAUGUAUGUGCUUGUCCACAAAUAAGAUCUGCAACGUUACAAAGCUCGUAGUCUCCCACAAAUAAAAAAAGGGAUUUAUUCUAUCUAACAGAGAGCUCUGCUCCAGACCCGCCUGAAAACACCUCGAUCGACGUCCAGAUAUUACAUCCACAAACGUCUAUGCUACUAUUUAAAAUAUUCGCAUAAUGGUGCCAUAUUUUUUUUAUUUUUAAUUAAUUACAUUUUUUAAAACUGUCAGUUCAGGACAUAAAGUGGGUACCGUGAAGAAGACAAAUUAAACCUUUAUAACAUCGUAUCUGAAAGGUAAGACAGUUACAAAAUAAAAACUUACCACUGUGAAAAUUCCGCUCAAGUCGCGCUUGCAAAGUCGGUUCCGAUGGAUCUGCUCGAUCAUCCGCGUUUUCCGAAUCUGACUCGGGCGGAAACUGAUAGGGUAAAACUGGCGAAAUUAUUAAUGUUUAUAAUAACAUUAGAAGCCUUGGAAGCUGAAGCUGGCCAUUAUGAUACGGGGCGUUACAUUUCCGACACACGCUUGAGGUUUUCGGCCAAUCACAACGCAAUGGGUCAGAUGGCCAAUCAGAGCACUCAGGGCUUUUCAGAAGGAGGGGCUUUGGAGAAACCGGAACGCAAUCAGAGCGUUUCAGACAGACUGGGAAUAGAGCUACUCGAAGACUUGAAUAAUGGCUGCUGAAAAUGGAGCUCAUGGGGAAUGGGCUAAAAUUCCUCAGGAAUGCUGGCAGAAGCUCUGCAUCUCGUUUACAGCAGGUCAUAACGGCAAAAGGAGCUCUAAUAAGUACUAAAGAUGCUCGCCAUGAAGGGGUUGAAUAAUUUUGAGACUGAAGAAAUCAUUAUAAGUUGCAUUUUCAGUUGAAUUUGUGGAAACCGCUUGAAGCAUUCGUCGUGUUGAACUAUUUCAACUAGCGUCUGUUUGAUCUGUUCAUCGCAAACAGCUGAAAGUCUGUACAUUUUGACAAUAAACCUGAUUUGCAGUGGGGGUUGAAUAAUUUUGAUUGCAACUGUAUAAUAUUUAUUUAUUUAUUUAUUUAUUUAUUAACAAACAAACAAACAAACAGGAAUAUAGUUAUCGGUAUGCUGGAUAUCUUCCAGUACAUACAUAUGUAAGGUAGAGUCAUAAAGAUGCAAGUUACAGUUGUUCUCUUGAAGUUUAAAAAAAAAAGGACAGAAGUAUUUCAUCAGAGACGGAGAGAGUUUCUUAAGCUGCAGGAGAUUCUGGUGUUCCUCAAAGAUGUUUAUUCAUGACACUGAGUCCAAUUGAUCGAGUGCUAUAAAUUGAUCAGUACUACCCUCUAGUGGCUGAAGCGCUACUGACGCUCUAUAUAAUUAUAAAGAUACUGUAUAUAGAUAGAUCAGCAUAAUCAUAAAUUAUUAAAGAAGUUUUUAAUGAAAGCAGCAGUGCAGUAAAAUGAAUGCCACCAAGUGCAACAGAUCAUUGAAGGAACAGGUUUAAAUGCACAAUAAUGCCCUGGCACAGUGGUGUGAUUGCCGCGGGUAAGAACAACCUCCCUGCUACAGCGGAGCUCCACCGUUUGACCAGUAGGUCAUGGAGUGGAUGUGAUUCAUUGUCCAGGAUGGAUAAUAGUUUAUUAGCGCUCAGGGGGUGUAUAUAUAAAAUCAUUUUUUUAAAAGGGGGGGCUGGGGGUGGAUAUUUUUUAAAUUAUUAUUAUUACAGUUACAUUUAUAUAGCGCUUUUCAAGACACUGAAAGCACUUUACAUAGUGGGGAGGGUGUGUGUGUGGGGAGGGGGGGGUCUUCUCAACCACCACUAUGUGUGCAGCAUCUACCUGGAUGAUGAGACGGCAGCCACAGUGCACCAGAACACACACCAGCUUUUUUUUUUUUUGCAUGAGGUCACUCAUCAUCUUCCUGUUGUACUUCCUUCUACACUUCCCUCUGUACUUCCUGGUUCUGUUUAUAGCCAUGUUGGGUGCAUUCUAAUUUUUUUUUCUUUCCUGGAACAGUUUUUAUUUGUUACAUGUCAUGACCAAGUCAGUAUAUAAACACACCCAACACUGAGAGUGAGGUUCUUCCUGAAGAAGAGAUGAAGAUGCUGCACUUGGCUACGAUUCUGCUCACGCUGUCCGGUGUUUUCACACAGGACAGUGGAUGGCGUGUGAAUUAUCUCGAGCCGAUCUGUGCUGUGAGAGGAUUCAGUGUCUCUAUUCCCUGUCGUUAUACUUAUCAGUCAUUAAAUCUCAAUAUUCAGGUGACACAAAUGCUUUGGUGCUCAAUGAACUCAAACACAGGAGCGUGUAUAAACCCCCCGUAUGUUUAUAACAGCUCAUCAAACACCAAGUCAGACUUUGAGUACGCUGGAGACGACAAAUCAGACUGCACUUUGUUAAUCCACAAUGUACAGUUCAGUUAUUCUGGAGAGUACAAAUUCAGAUUUAUAACUAAUGUGACGGGUGGAAAAUUCACAGGUGAUUCUGGAGUGACUCUACAAGUUGCAGAUUUAAAGGUGUCACUAAUCAGGCUCAGUGGAAACGGAACCCUUAAACAAGGAGACUCGUUAAAUCUGACGUGUGAUGUGAACUGCACACAAAGUUCCUCACAGUUUGUGUGGUCUAAGAACAACGAGCGCUUACCUGAAUCAGGACCCGUUCUUCAUUUUCCUGCUGUAACCGUGAGGGAUUCUGGGAAUUACACCUGCACUUGGAAAACCAACAAGGCAUCAGGAUCUAAAACGAUCAGCCUUCUCGUCGAGGGUGAAAAAGCCAAUCCUGAACAUGGGUCAAUCUGGAUCAUUGUUGUGGUGACAGCUGGAGUGGUUUUCAUCAUCUUAGUCAUAUUAGGAGCUGUCAUUUACUACAGGAGGUUUCUGUGUGAGCGCAGGAGUGUCAACACCAAGCAGCAGAAGAUGGACGAUUCUCAUAUCUAUGCUAACGUAUAAUAACAACGAGCUAAUCACACUUUCACCCCUCACACACAACUUAAAGGUUUGCGACUUUUCUGUGUGAACUGAAAAAUAAUAAGAACGUUACAAAGCAUAUUCACUUCUUAUAUUUUUAUUUCUGUUCUUAUAACUUAAUUUCAUGAUAGUCAACUUAGCUAUUAAUUAUCUACAUUUAUUGUAAUUUCAUCCAUGGAGCAAUUUUAAAGCUGGUUUAGAAACAUAGACACAAACAUGCAGCAUGAUGGUGUUUUUUUAUUGAGGCUUAUUUUAUUAUUAUUAUUAUUAUUAUUAUUAUUUCACAUUCAUGUUCUGGAACAAUAAAAGAGUGU